CUCAAACAGCGACAACGUUAAUAUGUUGGUAGCCAAUUAUUUCGUAAUUUUCGGUUUUCUGUGUGUAUCCAACGGAUUUGUUGUACGGCGGCAAUUUGACCCAAAUGCAUUAUAUCAGCAACAAUCACAGACCGCCCAGAACUACAUGAAAAAUGGCGGCGGUUCACAGUCACCACCCGGAAGUAGUUCUUCUUCCGGUACCGCAGCUAAUUUUGAUCCCAGUUCAGUGAACACCGUUUCACAGACAGGAGCAGGUGGUUCUGGCUCUAGCGGAUCCCAAUCAAGUUUUGAUCCUAAUAAAGUAAAUCAACAAAUUACACAAAGUCCGCCCCCUGGAGGAAACUCUCCUUCUCAGAGUAUGUCGGCAGCCGGAACCGGAAGUGGAAGUUCUUCGAGCGGAAGUAGUUCCAGCGGGUCACAAAGUAUGAUGCCAUCAAUGACAGGGAUGACAAACAGCGGAAGCAGUGGCAGUAGCAGUAGUGGAUCAUCAGGAAACAACAUGCCGUCAUUUUCAAUGGGAAGUUCUUCCGGUGGUUCUACAGGUGGCUCAUCAGGUGGAAUGUCAAAUCCCUUUGGGAUGGGAAGUUCUUCCGGUGGAUCUUCAAGUGGAACUGGAAGUAGUUCUACCGGAUCACAAAGUAUGGUGCCUUCAUUGUCGGGAAUGAGCAGUGGUGGAAGUAGUGGUGGAAGUAGCGGAAGCUCUUCGGGAAGCUCCUCCGGGAGUUCCUCCGGUGGAAGUGGUGGAUCAGGCGGAAGUUUUGAUCCCAAUUCGAUAAAUUCUUUGAGUAAUAACAUGGGUAACCCUGCCAAGUUUUUAAGUAACAUGGGUUCAAGUGCAGGGGCCUCGCAACAAGGUAUGACUUCAGGAAGCAGUGGAUCUGGUGCUAGCAGUAGUGGAGGGUCCAGCGGGGGCACUGGAGGAAGCAGCAGUGGCGGUGCAAGCCAAAGCAUGUCGCCAUCAGGCUCGGGCCAAAGUAUGUCACCUUCAGGAAGUGGUCAAAGUAUAUCUCCUUCGGGAAGCGGCCAAAGUAUGUCACCUUCGGGAAGCGGCCAAAGUAUGUCACCUUCAGGAAGCGGACAAAGUAUGUCACCUUCGGGAAGCGGAAGUAGCAGUGGGAGCUCCUCCGGGUCUGGAUCUGGAUCGAGUGGAAGUUUUGAUCCAAACGCCAUUAACCAACAAAUGAUGUCGUCAAACUCAAUGACCAAUCCGUCCCAGUUUCAGAGUGGCACAAGUAAUGGUGGUAGUCCUCCGAUGGGAAGCACGUCAGGUGGAAGCUCUAGUGGCAGUGGUACUAGCAGCGGAAGUUCAAGCAGUGGGGGAAGUGGUGGCUCAAGCCAAAGCAUGUCACCGUCUAGCUCUGGACAAAGUAUGUCACCCUCAAGUGGUUCCAGCACCGGUGGAAGUGGUAGCAGUAGCGGCGGAAGCAGUAGUGGUUCAGGUAGCGGAUCCGGAAGUAACAACCCACCAAGUCAGAUGACAAACCCGAUGGCAAUGAUGGGAAGUGGUAUGGGAGGGUCUGGAGCUGGGAAUAUGGGUAACUUCGAUCCUAAUGCAAUCAAUAAGCAGCUGAUAAACACAAAUUUCUUUAAUCCGCAGAUGAUGGGCAGACGAUAGAAACGAUAUUUAAUGUUAGAUUUUAUAGUCAAUACCAGUGUCUGAAAAAUUGGGUGAUUCAACGUUUGGACUUCAUAAUUUUAAAGACGAAAUUAGAUUUAACUCUUUUAUUGAAUAAAUAAAUAGGUCGCUUCGUAAAUGUCCAGUAAUAUUGUAUGAGGAUAAUAAUGAAUUAUAAUAUAUGAGUUUCAUUAUAAUGUAUGAGAAAUCAUGUACUAGUGAGUAAGUUGAUAAAAUCUCUUCUUUAAUUAUGUACUGUGUUUAGGACUCUUGAUCGUUUACUAAAGUAGUACUUCCCUAAAAAAUAUGAAAAUUAAAAGAUGACAAAUCACAAUUCUUCAGGUUUUUUCUGUUCUUUUUAUUUUUUAACGAUCUGUAGACGAGUUUGGAAAAGUCUAUUAUAUUUUAAAUAAGAACACAGAAACAUGAAACUAACGCACAUGCCCCAUUCAUAAAACAGAAUUAUUUAUAAUUCUCUAAGACUAUCU